AUGGAGAAACUAAGAAGACUGGUGAACGAAAUCACCUACGCUCAAGACCACGCUAAGCUCAGUCCUCUCCAAUCAUCUAUUAUUCCUCUGCUCUCCUUCGCUUCCUCCGUCUACUGCUUCACCCUCUCUCUCCGUCGCUCUCUCUACCACUUCGGCUUUUUCUCCAAGCACAGAUUGGCAGUACCAGUGAUUAGUGUUGGGAACUUGACAUGGGGCGGCAAUGGGAAGACACCAAUGGUUGAGUUCAUUGCUCACUCUCUCGCCGAUUCUGGGAUUUCACCUCUCAUUCUUACCAGGGGUUAUGCUGGUGGGGAUGAAGCUAGAAUGCUUCAAAGGCAUCUUCUUGGGAGACCUGUUAAGAUUGGUGUAGGUGCAAAUCGGGCAGCUACAGCUGCUUCUUUCUUUGAAAAAUAUGGUUACGUUGAUCCUCGUAGUUGCAAAUUCUCUGAGAGAAUUAGCAUUGAUGAGAAAGUGAGGGGUCAUCUCAAAUCAGAACAAAUUGGUGCUGUAAUUCUAGAUGAUGGAAUGCAGCACUGGAGCUUGUCGCGUGAUCUGGAAAUUGUAAUGGUUAAUGGGUUAAUGCGAUGGGGAAACCGUCAAUUACUACCUCUUGGCCCUUUAAGAGAACCUUUGAUGGCACUCAGACGAGCUGAUGUUGCUGUGGUUCAUCAUGCAGACUUGGUAUCUGAACAAAAUCUCAAGGAUAUUGAGUCAGAGAUUCGAGAAAUUAAGAAUUCUCUUCCAGUUUUCUUCACAAGAAUGGCUCCCUCUUGCUUCUUUGAAGUGGGAAAUGUCAACUCUGAAGUACCUCUGAGAACAGUGUGUAAUGCUGUUCUAUUAUGUGUUUCUGCAAUUGGAUCUGCUGACGCUUUUGCACAGGGGCUUGAGAAGUUAGGUGCGUGUCAUGUUGACCGACUCGAUUUUAGUGACCAUCACUUAUUUCAAGCCAAGGACAUUGAGAUGAUCAGGAAGAAGCUUGGAGAACUUGAGGCCAAGUUUAAUUCCAAGCCAAUCGUUGUUGUGACAGAAAAGGAUUAUGAUCGAGACUCUGAGAUUCUGAAGCUUUUGCACCCGUUUAAAGUUCUAGUUCUCUGUUCUAAAUUACAAAUCAUACCUCACAGAGGAUGCUGUGAGUAUAGCUUCAAGAAGUUGUUAAAGGAACUACUCGAAGUAAAGUGAUCAGGCAAAAGUAAAACUUUGUUUUCUGUGGGGUAGUCAGAAAUGUCAAAUGUGAUCCAUAAUGUUAUGGGAUCAGUAAUGGUACGGUGAUUAUUUUAUAAUA